AUGAAUACACGUAGAUCAAGUGCAAGGAUUGCUGCAUUAAAAGGAAAUUCAUCAGAACCACAGUUAAAUUCAGUUAUAAUUCCUUUACUUACCGUUCCUCGUUUAAAAGAAGAACUUUUAAAAAGAAAACUAAAAUGUACUGGAAGAAAAGAAGCUUUAGUUGAAAGACUUAUUGAAUAUAUCAGUAAAAAUAAUGUAGUUUGUGAUGAUAUUGCUUCAUCAUCUCAAUCUGAUAUUAAUGUAGAAAUACCUACAACUGAGGAAACAGUAAAAGAGAAGGAAAUUAAUUUAUCUUCAGAAGAACUUCCAAUUGCAAAUGAAGAAAUUCAAGAAAGUGUUCAAAAACAGGAAGUUACAUGUUCUGAUGAUUCAAGUGUUGAUAAAGAUAAUAUAACCGAGAAUACAGAUAUAUUAGAUGCUGUAACGGAGACGUCUCAACUUCAAGAAAAUAAAAGCACGCAAAGUGAUAUCAUAAAUAAGUGUAAAUUAGAAGAAGAUGAAAACAAAGAAAGUGAUAGAACAGAAAUAUAUGAAAGUGAAAAAAAUGAAAACAAAGAAAGUGAGAGAACAGAAACACACGAAUGUGAAAAAGAUGAAAGCAAAGAAGGUGAAAAAAUAAGAUUGUUUAAAAUGGAGGAAGAUGUAAAUAAAGGUGAUAAAAUAGAUACAUUAAAAAUGGAAGAAGAUGAAAGUAAAGAAAGCGAUCAAAUGGAAGUAUACGAACCUGUAGAAGUUGGAAGUAAAGAAAGUGAUGAAAUGGAAACAUACGAAAUUAAAGAAGUUGAAAACAGACAAAAUGAUAGAAUGGAAGAAGAUGAAAUAGGACCAUACAAACCCGAAAGAGAUGAUGACAGGGAAAGUGAUAAAGUAGAAAUGUACAAAAUCUCAGUAAAAGAUAAUAUUAAAAAUGAUAAAGUAGAAACUUGUGAAAUUCAGAAAAAUGAAAAUAAUCAUUUAGAACUAAAAGGAGUAAAAAGGAAACGUAGAUUUUUUGAAGAAGGUCCACCAACCAAUGAAAUUAAUAUUCCACCACCGGAAACAAUAGUGAAUCUUGUGGAACAUUAUAACAGUACAGUACAAAGUAAAAGAAAGAACUACUGUUCUUUCAAUAACUAUGUGUCGAAUAAAGACAUUGAAUCACCUUGUUUAUUGGAGAUUGACGAAAAUAUAAAAGAACCCAAUAAUGAGGAUAGUCGAUUAACAAAUACGGGAAAUCUUUUUGAAAAAAUGUCAGAAAAUUUGUAUAAUGGUAAAACAGAAAGUUAUAUAUUUGAUAAUCACAGUAAUGUCAAUGAAUAUAUUCAACCUCCAAUUCUAUAUCCUGAUGAACAGAAUUCAGAUUGUAAUGGUAGUGAAAAUAGACUUGCUGAAUUGAUGAAAGACCCCGCUGCAUUGCUACAAAAGGCAACAGCUGUUCUUAAAAAUUUAAAUGAUAGGACAGAUUAUCAAUAUGAACAAUUUCCCUGUGAAUCAACUUUUGUUGAAGAUGUCAAACCAUUACCAGAAUUUCAUGGAGAACCUGUACAAUCAGAUGUAGAAGAAGAUGAUUAUUUUGCUAAGGCUGCUGGUAUUAAGAAAAAAAAAGAUAAAAAUUCUGUUGUAAUACCUGAAGAAGAAGCUCCUCCUAUGAAUGAUGAAGUUGAUUUAGAUUACUAUAAUGCCGAUCUUCACAUAAAAGCUUCUGUUGAUGAUAAAUGGCUAAUAGAACCUGAAAAUAGUGAUGGUUUUGCAUUAAUGUGGGGUGGUAUUCGAUCUAACCAUGGAAUAAAAUAUGAUAGAAAUUUAAGUAGUUAUAAUAAAAAGUUUUGUUUUCAAGUAAAAAUAAUAGAUCAUUUGUCAUUGAAACAUGUACCUUUUGAAGAACGUGAACCAUAUGAUAUUCGUGUUGGUUGGUCAUUAAACAACAAAAGUCAAGCACUUGGUGAUUUGGCAGGAACAUAUUGUUUUAAUAGUAAAGCAAUGAAAGCUUCUGCGUGUAUUUUUAGUGAUUAUGGUGAACCUUUCAGUAUUAAUGAUGUUAUAACAACAAUAUUGGAUAUCUCACAUGGAUAUAUUUCUUAUUACAAGAACGAUGAAUUCUUAGGAAUUGCUUUUAAUGAAACUUGUUUUAAGGAUAAUGAUGCCAUCUUUGCUCAUAUAGCAAUUAAAAAUUGUAAAGUUAAGGUAAAUUUUGGCCAUGGAUCAGAAGAAGAUUUUCCUUCACGUUUUAUUCCAAAAGAUGUUCACUUUUUAAAUACUAUGAAUUGUUCUGAAGAAAUGAUAAGGAGUAGGCAACCACCACCACGAAAAGAAGACUGUACCGUUAUUAUGACUGUUGGUUUACCAGGUUCUGGUAAAACAACAUGGGUUCGCCAAUAUUUACGUGAUAAUCCAGAUGGUCAUUGGAGAGUGAUAUCAAGUGAUGCUUUAUUACAACAAAUGCGUAUAGAUGGAAUUCCACGUAAACAAAUACAUAGUGGAAGAUGGGAUAUGGUUAUGGGUCUUGCAGCAAAAGCUGUUGUUAAAGCAAUGGGUUUAGCUUGUAGAAGAAAACACAAUUAUAUAAUUGAUGGUACUAAUGUUUCUAGAGAUGCAAGAAAAAGGAAAUUAGCACAAUUUCAAGAUUUUCAAAGAAAAUGUGUUGUUUUAAUACCUCCAGAAAAAGAACUUAUUCACAGACAAAUGAAACAAGAAAAACAAGAUGGUAUCCGACCAAUACCCGCAGAAGCCAUGUUAGAAUUAAAAGCAACUAUGUCUAUUCCAGAAUUGACAGAAGAACCUGUUGAAGAUAUUAUAUUUGUUGAACCUGAGCAAAUAUCACAUGCUUUAAAAAUUGUAGAAAAUUAUAACAAAGAAGGUGAACCAUGGUUAAUUCAAAAAAAUAAACAGAAACGACAAAAACACAAUGCUCAAAUUAAUAACCAUAGUGUAAACAAUUGA